AAGGAAAUACAAAAGGCUAUAAGAGACUCGUUAAAGCUGGAACCUAUAGAACAGGAAGUGAUAGUGUUAUACGAGGGAGAAAAAGAAAACUUGCGAGAUGAUUUUUGGAAGAAACAAAGAAUCGUAGAAGUACCUAAAAAGAGACCUGAAUGGUUCAAUCCAAAUUUACUGCAACCUACAAUAGAGGAAUCUCCUGAAUUAGAGAACAAAAAACCUGAAGAUGAUCUCCGACCUCCAAAACAAACUGAGGGGAAUUAACCACCUGUAUAAAAUAAUAUCUGUAAGCUAA